UUUGCUUCCCCUCUAUUCAUUCUGAGCAAAGGAAAAAAAAAGCUUCAGGAGGAGAAAGGGGGUUUAAAAAUAAUGGCGUCAUUAACACCAGGAGUGUUAUCGAAGCUAUUGGAGAAUGCAAGUAAUAAGGAUGUAAAAGUAACAGGAGAACAUAGAUCAGCAUUACUUCAAGUAAUAGGAAUAGUACCAUCACUAACAGGUGGAGAUGAUGAUGAUGUUGAUCCAUGGGAAAGUAGAGGCUUUUUCUUAAAAGUAUCAGAUUCAUUACAUUCAACAUAUGUAUCGAUAUCAGAUGAAGAUACUGAUUUGAUAUUUAGUGAUAAAAUACAACUAGGUCAGUUUAUUCAUGUAUCAAGACUCGAUUCAGCACAACCUGUUCCUAUUCUCAGAAAUGUAAAACCUGUUCCUAAGCGCAGACCUUGUAUUGGUAAUCCUAAAGAUUUGGUUGUUUCCAAUGAUUUCUCAUUGCCAUUUCGUUCUAAUAAUCUUGAUUUCUUUAGUAAGAAAUCUAACACGGUGAAAAGUCUGAAAAAUGAUGGGAAUACCAAGUCUGUCAAAGUCAAGAGUUUAGAGUUUGAAGAUGUCAAAUCUUCUUCUAAGAAAGGUUCUUCAACAGAGGCAAGACCAGCAACCGCCAAGAGAAUGAGUAUUGAUACAAUGAGGAGAAGCUGGGAUAGAAGUCCUGGUUCAAAGCAGCGGAAUAGUACUAGUACUGCUGAUCAUCAACAUCAGAAUCAUCAUCAAGUUAAAUCUCCUUCAUCAGCUGGUUUGAGAUCAAAAGAUUCUGCUUCUUGUGUUUCUGCUGAUCCACCCUCUGUUCAAUUUGAUAAAAAGGCGUCUCCAAGGAAGGAUUCGUUGUUGAUGGAUUUAAAUUUGACUAACUUGUCUAAUUCACCAAUGAAGAGCCGAAGUAAUUGUUCGACGCCAAGGAUGAUUAUCAAGCCUAUAGGAAGAGAUAUAGUCAAGUCGCCUAGGGAAGGAACUAUUCCAUGCCACCUUGUUAAGGUGCCUCUAAGUUUGACCAAUUUGUCUUCUGAAACCAAAUCAUGGGAUUCACUCCCGUCUACUAUUCUCGAAGUUAGCAAGGACACAUUACGACAUAGAAAUGUUGCAUUUUCGGCUGCUGUGGAUUCAUUACAUGAAGCAUCAGCGUCAGACAGUGUUCUUCGAUGCAUGAGCUUGUUUGCUGGACUCUGCGAGUCCGCACAGCAAGAUUCUCCAGGGCUCUUGGUUGAGCGGUUCCUAGACCUCCACGAAAGUAUGCUUCGAGCAGCAAAUGUGGUUGAUGCCCUAAUCAAAACAAGAUAUUCUGUUGCAAAAACGGUCACCUCUGGUACCUCUCAACUUCCUUCAUCAGAACUAAGUAAAAUAUAUUCUGAUACAAAUGCAGAUGCUACAAAAUGGGUCCAAGCUGCUAUAGAAACAGAUCUUUCCAAAUUUUCUUUGUUUACUAAGCAUGACAAGAGGGAUCGAAAUGGUAAUCUUUCUCACUAUGUUAUCCUAGAAACUGCACCACAAUUGACUGCAAUAGAAGUCAAGGAUAGUUCUCCCAACAACAGAGUAAGUCCCAAUAAGCCAAAUGGCGUCAUAGACUCGGCUCCUAAAGUAGUCACUGUUCCUAAAAGAGGUUCAUCAGCAAAGAAAUCUAAUGAUGAAAAGGUAGAUUGGACAAAAGGAAAGGGUUUGAAGGAGGUUUCAUCUCUUGUUAAGCUGCUGGUCUCAGUUUCUAAAGGAUGGUUUUUGAAAUACUUGGAAGAUUCCUUUAAUGAUGGAUUUGGAUUGAGACAAACUGAAGGGGCUAACGAGGUUUCAGCUGUUCUUGGGCAGCUAAAGAGAGUAAAUCAAUGGUUAGAGGAUGUGACUGGGGAUGGUUUUGAGAUGGAUGAGAGAGUUGAAAGAUUAAGAAAGAAGCUAUACACGUUCUUACUUGAGCACAUUGGCAGUAAAUAAGAAAUGAAUGACCCUUUUCCAAUCUGGCAUUGUUUCUAACAGCGGUAUACUACCUGUUUUCCAGAUUUUUUGUGUUUCCGUUUUACUUUAACUAUGCAGUUAACUGGAUGUUAACAGCCAUCCUCAAUCUUUCAACAUGGAAAGUGAUAUUACUGGGAUGAAACUUCAUUGAUAUGGUGAAAUCUUCCUUUGAGAAGUGCUGUCUCCAUCGCCAACCGUGUUCUAACUCUUCCCUUUUGACUAUUGGGCUAUUAGGCAAUGCCAUAAUGUGGGCUGUCCAAAUGUAGACUUCAAUUGUGAAAUGUAAAGUUUAAUUUGUUCAGUUAUUUGUAAGAUUCAUUUGUUCUUUCAUUAGUCCUGUUAUCGAAACGGGUUUCACUUGCUGAUUU